GCGGACAGAGAUGGGUUCGGCGGUCAGGUUGAGUAGAGCCGUGCUGCUGAGCGUUCUGGUGUGCAUGGCGCGGCAGGCAUCGGCCCGGAGCCUCCGCACGGCAGACCAGGUAUCCGAGGUCGACAUUCAACGCCUCUUACACGGCGUCAUGGAGCAGCUGGGUAUCGCUCCGCACAGGGUCGACUACCCCGCUCACCAGGCCACCAACAUCGUGGGUCCCCAGAGUAGCCAGGGUGGGUCAAUUAUUUAUUAUAAUCAUCUAGGAGUUAAAGGAGUUGUCUGUUUUUAGUCAUAGUGGUGUAAUAGUUGGCUUGACAUAAAGUAUAUCUCGAGCUUGUUGUUUUAACUUUACUUUUUGCUUCAUUGACAAAAAAAAAAACAGUAACUGGAUUGUAUCUGACAUAAUUUGGUUGACUAAUUGUUUGGUAAUCUAACACUGUACUUAUAAAACAGUAUGACCUAGUGUAAAACCACCAGCCUAGUCCGUGUAUAUCUAGGGUGUCUCAUGAUUUGGCAUGAGGGUUAUGUCUAAGAAAUAUAUUCUCCACUCUAUUGCAGACUAUUUUCGGUUGUGUAAUUACACCACAGAUCUGUCUUGUGCCCAGUUCAUAGCCUUGGUUAAAUUACUCGAAGCUGCAUCCCAUAUGGUCAAACGUAGUGCGCAGAAUAGGGUGCCAUUUGGGACAAAGCUUUAAUGGAAUUUAAUAACAGGUCUACAUCAAUGUGGACAGGCAAAUAAACUAUUUAUUAUACCAAGGCUCCUGCCAAAUGUUCAAGAGUAUUAAGGGGAUAUAUUAUGUGGGGGAGAGAGCAUGCAUGUCAGAGAAAUAAAAUGUUUCGCCAAUGGUUAUAGUUUCCAGUACCAUUGUGGAGAUUACAUUUACAUUUCUGGUAUUGGGUUUCUGUACUUUGGAUUGUGUUUGGAGAUGGAACAUGUACAGUGCAUUCAGAAAGUAUUCAGACCCCUUGACUUUUUCCACAUUUUGGUGUGUUACAGCCUUAUUCUAAAAUUGAUUAAAUAAAUUUUUUCCCUCAUCAAUCUGCACACAAUACCCCAUAAUGACAAAGUGAAAACGGGCUUUUAGAAUUUUUUGGAAAAUGUAUUAAAAACAAAUGCCUUAUUUACAUAAGUAUUCAGACCCUUUGCUACAAUACUCGAAAUUGAGCUCAGCUGCAUCCUGUUUCCAUUGAUCAUCCUUGAUGUUUCUACAACUUGAUUGGAGUCCACCUGUGGUAAAUCCAAUUGAUUGGACAUGAUUUGGAAAGGCAUACACCUGUCUAUAUAAGGUCCCACAGUUGACAGUGCAUGUCAGACAAAACAAAGCCAUGAGGUCGAAGAAAUUGUCCAUAGAGCGCCGGGACAGGAUUGUGUCGAGGCACAGAUCUGGGGAAGGGUACCAAAAUAAUUCUGCAGAAUUGAAGGUCCCCAAGAUCACAGUGGCCUCCAUUCUUAAAUGGAAGACGUUUAGAACCACCAAGACUCUUCCUAGAGCUGGUCGCCAGGCCAAACUGAGCAAUCAGGGAGGUGACCAAGAACCCGAUGGUCACUCUGACAGAGCUCCAGAGUUCAUCUGUGGAAAUGGGAGAACCUUCAGAAGGACAACCAUCUCUACAGCACUCCACCAAUCAGGCCUUUAUGGUAGAGUGGCCAGACAGAAGCCACUCCUCAGUAAAAGGCACAUGGCAGCCCGCUUGGAGUUUGCCAAAAGGCACCUAAAGACUCUCAGACCAUGAGAAACAAGACUCUCUGGUCUGAUGAAACCAAGAUUGAACUCUUUGGCCUGAAUGCCAAACGUCACGUCUGGAGGAAACCUGGCACCAUCCCUAUGGUGAAGCGUGGUGGCAGCAUCAUGCUGUGGGGAUGUUUUUCAGCGGCAGGGACUGGGAGACUAGUCAGGAUCAAGGUAAAGAUGAAUGGAGCAAAGUACAGAGAGAGCCUUGACAAAAACCUGCUUCAGAGCGCUCAGGACCUCAGUGGGGCGACGGUUCACCUUCCAACAGGACAAUGACCCUAAGCACACAGCCAAGACAAUGCAGGAGUGGCUUUGGGACAAGUCUCUGAAUGUCUUUGAGUGGCCCAGCCAGAGCCCGGACUUGAGCCUGAUCGAACAUCUCUGGAGAGACAUGAAAAUAGCUGUGCAGCGACACUCCCCUUCCAACCUGACAGAGCUUGAGAGGAUCUGCAGAGAAGAAUGGGAGAAACUCCCAAAUACAGGUGUGCCAAGCUUGUAGCGUCAUACCCAAGAAGACUCGAGGCUGUAAUUGCUGCCAAAGGUGCUUCAACAAAGUACUGAGUAAAGGGUCUGAAUACUUAUGUAAAUGUGAUAUUUCUGUGUUUAAAUUUGCAAAAAUUGCUACAAACUUAUUUUUGCUUUGUCAUUAUGGGGUAUUGUGUGUAGAUUGAGGGGGAAAAAAACAAUCAAUUUUAGAAUAAGGCUGUAAUGUAACAAAGUAGGAAAAAGUCAAGGGGUCUGAAUACUUUCCGAAUGCACUGUACAGAAAUAACAACAUAGAUAUCUGCGCUUAGUAUUGUAUUCUGAUAUUUAUUUCACUUUUGACUUGCGCUAAUCACAUUUUAAAGAAGCAGUCCGGGAUCUUAAGCACGACAAAUUUGUAACAUAUUGUAGGAAUUGGAUUCGUAACAUAUCAUACGAAUUGUCUGACGUAGUACACAAUUGGAUGACAUGGUACACAUAAAACGGGGACCCAGUUUGGUUUGUGAGCACCACUUUCAAAACUACUGGCUGAAAUUAAACAAGUUCUGGAGCAUCACUUUUAAAAUGUAAAAACUGUAGUAAACAUGCCCCCUCUGUCUCUGUCCCUGUCAAUGACUAAAAAAUGUCCCAGUCAUGUUCUGUUUCCUCCACUAGGUGGAGCCUAUGAGGGGCUGCAGCACCUGGGUUCCUAUGGAAACAUCCCCAACAUUGUAGCUGAGCUGACAGGGGACAACAUCCCCAAAGAGUUCAGUGAGGACCAUGGAUACCCCAACCCUUCCAACCCAUGUCCACUAGGAAAGACAGGUAAACAAAUAGCUAUAUGUCUAUUGUUUGUGACAAGGAUUUCUCCUUUAGGCUUGGUGCCAAACGUUCAGUACCAUGACAGUUGUCUUGCAAGACCACAAGACAUCAAGUUGGCUAAAGCAGAAACAGGCUUGCACUCAGCGAGGCUUUAUCCUUUGUUUCUGUGUGGUUGGUUCUCUGUCCCUGUCUGCUGUCGUAGCUUCAGAUGUAUCUGAUGAAUCCUACUACUUGUCCCUCACUCACUGUUUCCUGUUUGUGUUGCGUUGUUGCUGCAGAGAUCAGUGGCGGUCAGUGCCGUUUAGGGAGGACCAUUUUUUUUCUUCUCAUGAGCAUGGCCUUAUUUCUAUUACAGCAUGUUGGAUGACUGUCAUUACAUAUUCCAUUCACCCAGUUCAAUGUAACAUUGAUAGGUUUAGGCUACUACAUGAUACUCAAAUGUUCCCUAUACCCAUCAUGAGGUUGCAACAACCCUAUGAAUGAAAGUUUACAACGUAGAUGCACACAGGUCGAGAGAAAAAUGUGAGAUGACACACAGUGACACAUGGACAGACAGUGACACAUUCAAUGCCGCCUUGCACACUCUUGCCUGCAUCUAGCUGAUCUAGGGUUGUAAUCAUUAGUCCAACAGUUGCAAACAAGAGUUUCUAUUGGACAAAUUCUGGUAUUUUGGAACAACACAUCAGCUGAAUGUGACCAGGGGGAAAAAACCUUUCCAAGCCAAACCAUGUCAUAACCGCUACACACAGCCUACAUCGUUGUCCCCAUAUUAGCUGAAGUAACGUCAUAGUCAACAUAGCUAAUAGAACUAAUGCGUUAGUAAACCCGCUACAAUCAUGCAGUAACGUUAGUGUACAGUCAGUAAGCAGUUACACUGGCGGGCCCCAGUGGCAAAAAAUGUAUAAAACCAAAAGCUUACCUUGACUUGUAAGAGUUCCAGUGUUGUGUUGGAUAGUUAUAGUGAGCUAGCUAACAUAGCAUCCCUCUGUUUGAGCCGGGUGUUUGAGUAACUAAACUAGCCAGCUGCAUUUGCUAGCUAAGUAAGUGAAACUUAUUUAGUUUUGAAGAAAUUAAUUUGUUAAACUAUUCUUUCUCUCUUUGAGUCAACUACUCACCACCGUUUAUGCAGUGCUAGCUAGCUGCAGCUUAUGCUUUCAGUACUAGAUUAAUUCUCUGAUCCUUUGAUUGGGUGGACAACAUGUCAGUUCAUGCUUCAAGAGCUCUGAUAGGUUGGAGGAUGUCAUACGGAAGUUACUUUGUAAGUCUAUGGAAGGGGGUGAGAACCAUGAGCCUGCUAGGUUUUGUAUUGAGGUCAAUGUACCAAGAGGAGGAUGGAAGCUAGCUGUCCUCCGGAUACACCAUGGUGCUACCCUACAAAGUACUGUUGAGGCUACUGUAGACCUUCAUUGCAAAACAGUGUGUUUUAAUCAAUUAUUUGGUGACAUUAAUAUAUUUAGUAUAGUUUUAUCUAAAAAGGAUAACUUUUUCAAUGUUUUACCUUUUAUUUUCUUCUGAAAUUCACUGAGGAGGAUGUUCCUCCUCUGAGGAGCCUCCACUGCUGCAGAUUAAUCUAGAGUUUGCUCAUUUGGGCAAAAGUCCAUCCUCCACCCUCUCUCCUCCGUGACCCGGAAACCGAUGAGUGGUCGAGGCAAUGUCAAUUUGUUAGUAGGCGAACGGAAGUGUCCUCCCCUCCGCGACAACCACCUUUCAUCGAGGAUAGUCACACGUGUCCUAUCUGAGUCCUUUGCGGAGGAGUUUUGAAAUCUGCCACACCCACUUUGAAUCAGCUGUUUUAUCUGAAGAGAAAAGCAUGCACACGUUUUAUCGUUUUAUCUAUAAAAUGUCUUGACCAACUAACUUCAUUUGAUUUAGACUUUACACAUUUAUUUUUGUGAUCCACCCCUGUAAACUUAAUUUUCCUGACGACGUGAGUGGUUGAGUCUCAUUUCAUACAAGUGCAUUUUCAUCCACAUUCCCUCUCCUCGAUUUACCUUCAACCUUUUUCAAAAGGAGGCGAGAGAGGACGCAGGAGUUGAGCAAAUCCAAUUUAGAAAAGGCCUAUGACUAUGUCCCGUGUGGCUCAGUUGGUAGAGCAUGGCGCUUGCAACGCCAGGGUUGUGGGUUCGUUUCCCACGGGGGGCCAGUAUGAAAAAAUGUACGCACUCACUAACUGUAAGUCGCUCUGGAUAAGAGCAUCUGCUUAAAUGACUCGAAUGUAAAAAAAAAAAAAAAUGUAAUGUCCUCUCUUUGCUUGUACUUUAGCUACAGAUGGUUGUGUGGAGAACGUCCCGGACACAGCAAAGUUAAGCAGAGAGUUCCAGAAGCAUCAGCACCUGUUCAACCCAGAACAUGACUACCCUGCUCUGGCUGCGUGGGUGAGUGAUUAGGGCAAAAUUGCCUUCAGUGUAGGGGCAACUUCACCCUACCCCACUAGGCUUGAGUGGUUACAACAGAGCUGUGCCCCUGUACUAUUGAAUAAGUCCAUCUCAUCACCCUCUUUUUUUUUUUUUUUUUUUUUGGAAAUGUUUUCCCGUCCAUCUGUGGACACUAGACAAGUCGACCAUGGAAAUGUCUUUGUUCCCCGAAAAGGCUCAAGCUCUGUGUUUUAUGAUCAAAGAAAAGCAAUUUUGCUGUAAAACAAUAGAAACAUCAUUCUUUGUCCCUAAACUUACUUUGUCAGUUCAGAAUAAGGAGCUGUUGUACCAGAAACGGAAGGACCCAAAAUAAGUCAAACAGUUAUAACCGCUUCUUCUCUGUUUUUCCCUCCAGAUUUUUUUUUAGUUUGUAAGCUUUUGUAGAAAUUGUCUCUGUGCGACCAAACCACAUCACCACCAUUGAGCUGUUGUACCCUGAAGGAGAUGAUGCACUUUUAAACUCACAUUGCUGGAUUAAGUUGCAUGUUGACCGACAAUGUCCAUUUUUAAUCAUGACUACUGAGGUCUUUCUUUUUCCUGAGCCAAUGAUCUGGAACACCUAUAGUUUCUUUUUAUCAACACCUUUUUUUUCAAGACGAAUGUCAUUAAGAUUUUAUUUUUAACCCCAGCACCACAACAAAAUGCCAUAUUUUCUCUCAAAAAAAAGAAAUUGUCCCUCUUUCUUUUAUUCCAGAGUGUCAAUAACCCCUACCUGAUGGGUCAGAGGCUGGACAGCGUUGUGGCCAAGAAGUCUGUUCCCUACUACCCAGAAGAGGAGGAAGACUAUAGAACAUCCACCUAAACACAUACUGCUGUUCUAACAUUACUGCCCCAACAUGUUCUCGUCACAUAUCUCAAACUAAAGUAUAUUAAA